AUGCCCUCUACCGGAUUAACCCAAGUUCCACAAGCGGUCCUCGACCUCAGCGGCGACCUGGAAGAACUAGUCUACACCAAGGCGGCAAUUGGAAUCUACGACCGAACCAUGCUGGCAAUCAUCAACACGACAACGACACCCGCACAGCUCAAUCUCCACCGUGGGUCCUGGCUGCAGGCUAAGUCGAAGGUAGCAUCUUUGCACCGGAGCAUCGUGGCGGGUUUCAAUCGGCUGCCACGUCAUAUGAAACGCUCCUUUGUGAGGGGUAACCGUUCGACUCUGUCCGAGCAUGGGUUUCGGCCAUCGGCUGAUGACUUGGAGAUUACUCGUCCCGGUAGUAGGGGCGUUAUCAUUGUGCUUUGA